AUGGACCCAAACACACAACAAGCGCCCAACCUCGAAAAUAAGGGCGGGCAUCGCUUCGACCCUAACUUCACUGAUGCUGUCAUCAACGCCAUGGGACCCGCGGUACCAGACCGGACACGAUUUGUUAUGGGCAAGCUGAUCAGGCAUCUCCAUGACUUUAUUCGUGAGGUCGAGUUGACCAACGACGAGUGGUUUGAGGGUGUACGAUUUGUCAACUCCAUUGGCAAAACCACCACCAGCACCAGGAACGAGGCGCACCGUAUCUCUGAUGUCCUUGGAGUAGAAUCACUGGUCGAUGAGAUCGCUCACAUGCACAUUAACGAGUCUGGCGAGACACCUACUUCCUCAACGAUUCUCGGUCCUUUCUGGUCGCCACACUCGCCAUUCCGCCCACUUGGCGAUACCAUUGUCCGAAACCCCCACCCCGAUGGCCAGACCACUCUCAUGCACGGCAAGGUCAUUGACCUAGACACCAAGAAGGGCAUCCCCAACGCCGUCAUCGAUAUCUGGCAAGCGAGUGCCAACGGAAAGUACGAUUUCCAGGACCCUGACAACCAGGAGCCAAACAACCUGAGGGGAAAGUUCACCACAAACGAGAACGGCGAGUACUGGUACUACUGCUACAAGCCCACAGCGUACUCGCUGCCUACCGAUGGCGCUGCUGGCCAGCUGUUCAAGACUCUCGACCGCCACCCUUUCCGCCCCGCUCACAUCCAUCUCAUGGUUUCAGCAGACAACUACAAGCCUUUGAUCACUCAACUAUACCCCCGUGAUGACCCAUACGUCACCAACGACACCGUCUUUGCUGUCAAGGAUGAUUUGCUUCUCGACUUUGUGCCUAGCACGGACCCCAAGGCCAAGCUCGACUUGACAUACAACGUCACACUUGCACCUUCUGGCAAGAAGUCGACCAGACUUGAGGGCAUUCCCAGGCUACCAAAUUCCCCCUUUCAUCUGAUAAUGCUCCUCCGUCAAUUCCACUUUUCACGUCCUCUUUCUUGUGUCUGCUUACCCAUAACCUACUCACGGGCCUUCACUCCAUCUGUCAGAGCCAAAAUGCGUGUCCCAUAUGCCCCCAGCGAACCUCCAAAUGAAGAGGCGCGUCCGAUCUACGAGCGCAUCGCCGAGCGACGAAAGCCCCGCCCCCUCAUUCCUCUUGAUCUGGCGCUCCUCCACAACCCCGCCGUAGCAGACGGCUGGAACUCGUUCAUCGGCGCCAUCCGCACCAAGACCAGCCUCCCGGACACACUUAAGGAGCUUGCAAUCAGCCGAGUAGCAGUACACAAUCACGCAGUGCACGAAUGGGAUAUCCACGCUGCGCUCGCGCACAAAGCUGGCGUCUCAAAACAGGUGCUGCAAGCCGUCUUCGACUUACCUGUGACCAAGCAUGGAAUGGUUGCGAAGGAGGUCCCUGCUGGGUUCAGUAGUGAAGAGUAUGCAGUCAUGGUGUACACCGAUCAAAUGACGGUCGGGGUACAGGUUGAGGAUGAGGUCUCUGAAAUGGUCAAGCGGGCACUGAGCGACACCAUGGUUGUAGAGUUGACGGCCACCAUUGCGGCAUACAAUGCCUCGCGCAUUCGUCCUACCCUCAUCACCACCGCGCAACGCUACGCAUCUACAAAGCACCCUCAAAAUUUCACACCACCCACACAAUCCGACCUCGAUGAGCUCCGCGAAUCAGUUCGUGAGUUCGCCCGCCGUGAGAUCCCAGAGGAAGUCGCAGCGCAAACAGACCGCCAAAAUGCUUUCCCCAACGAUAUGUGGCAGAAGUUCGGUGAAGCAGGCUUCCUGGGUAUCACGGCCGAUGAGGAGUUUGGCGGUCUAGCAAUGGGAUACCAAGCACACUGUGUUGUCAUGGAGGAGCUCUCAAGGGCGAGCGGAAGCAUUGGGCUGAGCUAUGCCGCCCAUAGCCAGCUUUGUGUCAACCAGCUGGUGUUGAACGGAAACGCCGAGCAAAAAAAGAAAUACCUGCCUGGAUUGAUCAGCGGCGAGCAGAUAGGAGCCUUGGCCAUGAGUGAACACGGUGCGGGAAGUGAUGUUGUAAGCAUGCGGAUGGCUGCAAAAGAGGUGGAUGGUGGGUAUUUGCUCAAUGGCACGAAGAUGUGGAUUACCAACGGACCUGAUGCUCAUACCAUUGUUGUUUACGCUAAAACCGUUCCCGAUGGAGCUAGCAAAGGCAUCACAGCUUUCAUUGUCGAAACCUCAUCCAAGGGUUUCAGUGUAGCCAACAAACUUGACAAACUCGGCAUGCGCGGUUCCAACACGGGCGAGCUCGUCUUCGAGGAUGUCUUCGUUCCCAAGGAGAACGUGUUAGGCGAGGUCAAUCGUGGUGUCCGCGUACUAAUGGAGGGUUUGGAUCUCGAACGACUUGUUCUUUCGGCUGGUCCCUUGGGUCUGAUGCAAGCCUCGCUUGACAACGUUCUGCCAUACACCCACCAGAGGAAGCAGUUCGGCCAACCUAUUGCACACAACCAACUCAUCCAGGGAAAACUGGCAGACAUGUACACAAAGUACAGGGCAUCGCAGUCUUUCACAUAUAGUGUUGCGCGCGCUGUCGACGAGUCGCACGCUAGCCCGAAUAUCAAGACGCAGGACUGCGCAGGCGCGAUUUUGUAUGCCGCCGAAAGGGCGAGUGAGGUCGCAGCUGAUGCCAUCCAGCUAAUGGGCGGUAUGGGAUAUAUGAACGAGGUGCCUGUAGGAAGGAUACUAAGAGACGCCAAGCUUUACGAGAUUGGAGCUGGAACAAGUGAGGUUAGGAGAAUGGUUAUUGGAAGGGCAUUCAACAAGGAAUAUAAACAGGAGAUAUGA